AUAACUUUCAGUUUCCCUAAUUGCCAGAAAACACAAUAAAGUCGAUUAUAAUUUUGAUUUGUUGCAUCACAAUGGAAUUUCCGGAGACUGGUAAACACUGCUCAGUGAAAGACUGCAAAUUGUUGGACUUCUUGCCACUUGUGUGUGAGCAUUGUCAGGUCACUUUCUGUAAAGAGCAUUUCAAUAUGGAAUUGCAUGAGUGUUUAAAAACAGAGAACUCAAAAUCUGUUGUGGAACAAUCGGCAAACUUUCUAUGCUCUAAAGAAUCUUGCAAAGAUGCAUCACCCGUCGAGAUGCCUUGUAUCAAGUGUAAAAAGCAUUUUUGUGUAACACACAGACAUCACGGAUGCUUGGAGUUGAGUGAAACAGAGAAGACACAGAAACUGAAGAAGUGGCAGAUACCAAAGAAACAGUUUGCGGAAGCAAAAGCUAUAGUAGAUCAACAGAUUGCGGACAGUUUGAAGAAAUCUAAAAAUGUAGCAUUGGCAAAUAAAGUACAACUCAUGCGUGUGAAAUGUUCUGCGAUUGGUCCUAAAAAUGUAUCAACGAGCGAAAGAAGUUACUUUUUUGUAUAUUUGCCGUUGACAGUAAAAAAUAAACAUAUAGGCACUUCGAAAGGGGCUUUUGUCAAUACGAACUGGACGAUUGGCAAGUGCAUAGAUUCAAUAGCGGACACACUUAAAGUUCCCAACAAUAAUAACACAACUACCACGAAUAAGUUAAAACUCUUCCGUCAUUCUACCGGAGAUCUAAUAUGUAGCAAGAUGGAUACACCUUUAACGCAAUUAUUUAAAGAUUUGGCUAUUUUUGAUGGAGAGCGAGUUAUUUUAGAA